AUGAGAAAGACCUACCAGUAUGUAUUCACUUUCAUGUUUGCUGUUGAGGAGAUCAACAAGGAUCCAGACUUACUACCCAAUGUCACCCUGGGAUUCCACAUUUUUGACAACUUAUUUCAGGCAGGAUUAAAUGAUGAUAUCACUCUGUCUCUACUAUCUGCACAAAAAGACAUCUUUCCCAAUUACCAAUGUGGAAGGCAGUACACGAUGCCUGCAGUCACUGGAGGACUGAAUUCUGAAUCUUCUAUUCAGAUAGGCACCAUCUUGAGUCUCUACAAGAUCCCACAGCUCAGUUAUUAUCCAGUUCAUCGAGUACUGUGUGACAAAAUCCAGUUCCCUUUCUUUUACCAAAUUGCCCCAAAUGAAGCUUCUCAGUAUGAAGGGAUAGUGCACUUGCUAAAAUAUUUUGGAUGGAUAUGGAUUGGCCUCACUGUUUCUAAUAAUGACAGUGGGGAGGCAUUUGCACAAAGUUUGAAAGCAAUGCUCAGUAGGAAUGGCAUCUGUGUUGACUUCACAGAAAAGGCACCAUUAAUCCUUCUGCAUUCUUCUAAUGGGGAACAACGCAAUAUAUUUUCUGUGGGAAAUAUUCUGGCAGCUCUUCAGAAGACUAAAGCCAAUGUCAUCGUUGUACAUGGGGACACUUACUCUCUGCAGGGUUUACAAAUUAUAUUCCAUCUUCAACAUCACAUUGGAAAGAAACCCAAAGAGAAGAUUUGGAUUGCAACAGCCCAGGUGGACUUCACGUCAAAGCUUUUUCCAGAUGACUGGAAUGUAAGAUACUUCCAGGGCUCCUUGUCCAUGGUUAUCCACAAAAAUGAUGUUCCAGGAUUUCAGAGAUUUCUGCAGACAUAUAACCCUCAACAGCUCAAAAAUAGUAUGUUGAUGAAAAACUUCUGGAAUGCUGCAUUUGGAUGUAGCAUCAAACAAGCCACACAAAAACACAAACUGUGUACAGGGGAGGAAAAACUAGAGAGUCUUCCUGAGACCAUAUUUGAAAUGAGCAUAUCUGGACAAAGUUACAGUAUUUACAAUGCACUCCUUGCCUUGGCACAUACUUUACAUCAAAUUUACUCAUCCAGACAGACAGUAUGGUUAGAAACUCCUAAAAUGGACAGUCAGAAAAUGAGGCCAUGGGAGACAUUGCCCAAGUCAAGGUGUUCUGAGAGAUGCCGACCAGGAUAUCACAGAAGUGUUAUUGAGGGAGAACCAUCUUGCUGCUAUGAUUGUUUCCAGUGUCCAGAGGGGACCAUUUCUAACCAGACAGAUGCAUAUCAAUGUGUUAAGUGUUCCAGAGAUGAACAUCCCAAUAAGAAUAAAAACCAAUGUAUCCCUAAAGCCAUACAUUUUCUGGGCUAUGGUGACACGUUAGGGAUCAGUUUGGCUUCUGCUGGGCUUUUUUUUGCUCUCAUCACAGCCCUGGUUCUUGGAACCUUUAUUAAACACCAGGAUACACCUAUCGUCAAAGCUAACAAUCGGGACCUGACCUACCUCCUGCUAAUCUCCCUCUUGAUCUGCUUCCUUAGCUCCUUGCUCUUCAUAGGAAGACCAAGCAAGGUAACUUGCCUUCUUCGACAAGCUGCUUUUGGAAACAUUUUUUCACUUGCACUUUGUUGUGUGCUUGCUAAAACCAUCACGGUGGUUGUGGCAUUCAUGGCCACAAACCCUGGAAGCAAGAUGAGGAAAUGGGUGGGCAAAAGACUCUCCAACAUCAUUAUCAUUUUUGGCUCUCUUGUUCAAGUUAGCAUCUGUGCCAUCUGGCUAUUCACCUCUCCCCCAUUCCCAGAUCUUGAUAUGGUCUCACAGCCUGAACAUAUUGUAGUACGAUGUAAUGAAGGCUCAGGUAUCAUGUUUUACACUGUUCUGUGCUACAUGGGCUUUCAGGCCAGUGUCACCUUCACUGUGGCCUUCCUAGCCAGGAAAUUGCCAGACAGUUUCAAUGAAGCCAAGUUUAUCACCUUCAGCAUGUUGGUUUUUUGCAGUGUCUGGGGAUCCUUCAUUCCAACCUUCCUGAGCAUCAAGGGCAAAUACAUGGUGGCUGUGGAGAUCUUCUCUAUUUUGGCAUCGAGCGCUGGGUUACUGUGUUGCAUUUUUGCCCCUAAAAUUUACAUUAUUUUGCUGAGACCUGACAUGAACACCAGGGACCAAUUCUUCAAGAAGAAAGAUUAG